AUGUCCUCGCCUCCGGUUGGGGCCACGGGGGGUGUCUCUCCUUCUGCCGAGUCGUCUUCUCCCCCGCCCUCAGGUUCGUCUCUGGAUAUUUCUGAACUGAAGCGCGCGGCGCAGAGACGGUUGGAAGCGUUGCAGGCUGCUGCGUCUCAGUCCAAGGCGCUGCCUUCUCCUCUCCCCUCGUCGCUGAUCUCUGCCUCCUCAGCCCCAGGAUCGUCUUCUUUCCACUCGCGAACGAACCACGGGCUGCGAACACCCGCGCCGCCAGGAAGCCAGGGUAGCAUGCACAGCGCGUCUUUCUCGCCUUUUCCUCAACCUGCGUUUUCACAUGCAAGUGACGAAGCACAUGCCGCAAAAGAAAUGCAUGCAGCUGCAGCCCGCAAAGCCGCCCACGAGGCGAUGCGGGUUGCCAGUCUCAUGCUCCCGAAGCCGAAAGUGGAAAAACAAGUUCUCGACGAAAACGACACUUCGUUCCCGGAGGUGCAGCAACUUCCGAACGGCCUCUUCUCGAUGGAUCUCGCGAUCGCCACGAGUCCACCUGCUUCCUCCGCUUCGGAGAGUUGCGCAGACGCAGUAGCCUCUGCCGCGACGACUGUGCGCCCCGAGGCCUGGCCGCGUCUGCUGAAGAAGGAGACGCAACAGAAGAUCCGCGAGAGAACGGGUGCGGCGGUCCUCGCCAGAGGGAAGCCUGGUGGCGAGGGAAAGAAGGGUUUGCACUUGCGAAUCACCGCCGACAAAAAGGCCACAGUGCUCCGAGGAGCCAUUUGCGCAAGGGAUCUUCUGUGCUCGAAGCAGCAGCUGAUGUUUCCGCCCCACGUCGUCGUGCCUUCCAAUUUCGACGCUGUAGCAGCCAUGCAGGGGCCCGACUUCGACGCGACUGGUCUUUCGAAUUCCACUUCUCUUCUGCCUCGGUCUUCAGGCAGCUCUGCACAGGCCGGCGCAAACGGGAGCUCCCUGUCGGACGAGCCUCUGAACUUCGCGAUCUUCGCAUGCACGGAAGACUCUCUGGACAAGGCUGUUGCUUUGAUUAAGUGGAGGCUUGCGUGCGUGGAAGAGGCGCUGAGGCAACACACAGACCCCGACAGCUUUCUCCACCAAAAGCAGGCGCAAAAGGGGGAGUUGCCAAAGGACGCGCCGCAAACUGCUCUUCAACCAAGUGCGACACCGUAG